AUGGCUGGGCCAGAGCUCAGCGCCCGCUCGGCUUCACCGACUUUCCAGGCCUCGGGGAGUUCCUCGCUGACGUUGAAUGCGACGGAGGCGAAGCGGAGGACCACGCAGGACAAGAAGCACCUGAAGCGAGCCUUGUCCACCAUCGAGAAGGACUCUCUCCGGUACAAGAGCAGCAUCUCGAAGCCAUGGCUUGAUGAGAACGGGGAGGUGAUUUGGCCGCAGGCGAGGAUCAAGGUGGCCCAGGUCGUCCUCUCGCAGUCCUUUGAGACCAUCAUGGGCCUCAUCAUCGUGGCGAAUGUUCUGGUCAUGAUUGUUGAGACCGACGCAGAUGCGACUUGCCACACCCCGCUUGCCAAAAAUGGCACAGCGACGCCGGAGUACAAUAUGACCAGCUGCGCGUCCCAAAGUGCCACGAUAUUAUGGCUAGGCAUCGUGAACUAUUUGCUCCUGACUGUAUACACGGCGGAAUGUGUGCUGCGCGCGUUCGUGGAGCGGGGUGCCUACCCCUGGAACCGGUGGAAUCAGGUGGACCUGCUCACAGUCAUCUCGGGAUGGGGUGCCACUGUACUAGCUUCCACCCUUCCGAUCAAUGUUCUGCGAAUCCUCAGACUCAUCCGCCUGGUACGAGCUGCUCGUGUGGUGAUCUCUGUGCCAGAGUUCUACAUCCUGGUUUCAGGUUUCACUUCAUCCUUUAAGGCGAUCUUGUUCGGGUCUGUUAUGCUGGUAUGUAUCAUCGUGGUGUGGUCGAUCAUUGUGGUGGAAGUGAUUCACCCUGUGAAUGUGUCAAUCGACUACGAAUCCUGCGAUCACUGCAACACUAAAUUCCAGAGCGUUUGGUCGGCCAUGCUGACGAUCUUCCAACAAGUCGUGGCGGGAGAUUCCUGGGGAGAGACCUCCUUGCCUUUGGUUGAAACAGACUGGCGGACUAUUUUAAUCCUGUUUCCCAUCAUGAUGACCAUCUCCCUGGGUGCCAUGAACCUCAUCCUCGCAGUCAUAGUCGAACGCGCAACCGAGGCGCGGGAGAACGACCAGGUCAGGAAGGCGCAGAAGAAAGAUGCGGAGCGUGAAAGAAGCAUGGUAGAACUGGCGCUCCUCUGCGACAGCAUGGACAACGACGGCAGCGGCACGCUGUCUUUGGAGGAGAUGUUAAACGGCUUCGACAUCAACAUGCACUUCAAAGGCUUGAUGGAGCAAAUGGACAUCACGCGGGAAGACAUGGAGACGAUCUUCAACGUGUUGGACUCGAACCAUUCUGGCGAGGUCGACUAUGUGGAGUUUUGCCAGCACCUGGGCAACUUUCGCAAGCGGGAUCAGCACAUGAUGCCCUCUCUGAUCAAGUACUCGAUCAUGGAGAUCCGUCAGGUAAUAAAGCGCGACAUCGUGCAGAUCUUGGAAGAGCACACAGAGAUGCUCUUUGACCAGCUGGAUGUCCUCUCUUCCGUCCCCGUGUGUAUGAAGAAGGCGGAAGAGGUGCGGAUCAGGCGGCGUAGUGCUCCAUCCCUUCGCCGACAGGGCAAAAGCCAGGGCAAGCCCCAGUUCUUCGGCGGGACGGCGGAGUCCUCUGGCCUGGCGGCCGCCUAUGCGGAGCUGCCGGAGACGGUUGAGGACCCGAGCGAAAUGCUGGACCGCCUCGAUGUCACCUGCAAGACCUUCCAAAGUAUGCAGGACCAGCUCGAGUCCAUGAUGUCUCGCGCGGAGGAGCUGGCCGUGGCAGCCCUGGACAGCACCCAGGAGCCCUUCGCCAAGCGCCAGAGGAUGGUCCACUGGCAGGACCCGGAGACCGAUGCGUCCCCAGAGUCUGUCCCUCCGGCCCUGGACCUGGCGCAAGCGGAGGAGAUAGAAGCCAAAUGUGCUUCUGUUCUGCAGAACCUGAAGGACCGUAUGCGAAGCGAGGAGCUGCUCCAGGCCAAGUGCCACAGCAUAAUGAGAUCGCUGGAUACCCUCAUCAACGAUCCGGACUGUGGGCUCGCCAUUGUGAGACAGGCUCUCGUGUGA